GUAAAGCAUAGGAUGACAAGUAUGGGAAUCAGAUUGCGGUUUUGCUUUUCUUAAGCUCGUUUUGCAGCAUGUGAUGGCCGCAACGUGCGUGUAAUCCGGGCGUAUCGCCGUUUGCACUGAACAUCGCAAGUUGAGGUUUUGAGUGCGCUGCCUUUUCUUGAUACGAGAUAUUCGUCCAGCAUUCUGCUUUUAGCUGUAAGAGGCAUUUCUCAUUUGACACUCAGCAUUUGGCCAAGUUGUAAGAAAUGUCUGCCUAACACAGGACGCAGGUACAGUGAGGUAUGACAUCGAGAGCUACCGACGGAGUGCAUUUUUACAAUCCAGUCGAAUCAAACCCACUAUUGCUGGAUGUCAUCCAUUCAUUGUCUGCCUCUUGCUACCGAUGACCGCUUCAACCAAGACUAAUGCGGCAAAAUCAUUAUGUAUGAUGCGGAUUUAGAAGGUGAAAAAGUCACGUUUCCGCAAAUCACAUACUGCCGCCUGGGUGGAGCCAAAAUUGUCAGUGAGGUGUAGACAAGUGCGAUGACGUCUUCCAAAAGUGGCUGAGUUUGCAGCCAACCUCGGUUGGUCACUUCUUCAAAUGAAGUGUAGACUCGCCUUCUUAUUUCGCCUUUUCUGUUACCAACACAGUUCGGGACUGCCCAAUUCGUCACAUUUAAAACAAAUCUUUUUCAUGGUCAAACCAUUCUAUCGUGUCAAAUCUAUUGAUCACCAGUUUCUAAAUAUAUAGAUCCUAUCAACACAUUUUGAAACCGUUCCUGGGUAAGGUUAAGAGCGAUUUACCACGCAAACAAGGAUAAAUGAAAUACAAUGCGUAAUAGGCAUGAUACAAAUUUGCAUUGACUCUGUUCCUUUGCAACCAAGUUUCCUCUGUUGGCCAUGCCAGAAGUACCAGAUAUAAUGGUUCCAGUGCUAAUAGUCUGGUCCCGGCAUUGGAUCCCAGGUCUGUAUCAGUCCCAAAUCGAGGGUGCUGAUAGUGCAGUGGCCAACGCGUAUGCGCAAACCACUGCGUGUCAGAGAAACCAGAGGUGCGGAGUUCGAUCCCCCUCGAUGCCCGCAUUUCCUACCUGGGUGAGAGACAAGAUACACCAUAUAGCCUCAGAAGCUGAGUGCGUUUUAAAGUCCCAAUGACGGCGGUGAAUCCAGAUGCGCGCGAUUGGAAGGCCUCGAGAUCUGCGGACCGAUGCUAUUUUUCAUAUUAAUGGAUUUUUAUGAUACUUUUACUGGUAGCAGGUGGAAAGCAGCAGAGAAGCUAACAGUGUUUAAUGCGUACAAACACAGAAUUCGUGUAACAUUGUUGGUCCACUGUUCUCAUAUUUACUUUCGACAUUUAAUAUACGUUGCAACGCCAAAUGAUUAUUAUAUUGACGGUACUCGUUUCGAGCGAUGCUGAUCCUCAUUAGUGGAGUGGAUAUAUAUGGCUUUAUGUCCAAAAUUUGUAUUGCACUUUGUAAAAUCUCGUAAUAGCCAGCUACGUUUUGCAAAUAUUGUUUUUUGUGUCUGUGUUUUGGUAAUGAAAUAGGACAAAAGUGAAGCGCGCAGAGGACUGGAUGGCGGGCAUGUGUUCUGAUGAUUCAGUUUAAAGUGCACCAGCGCCAUGACCUGGAUUAGCGUCAUAAGACAAACUUUUGCUUUGCAGCUGUGUCCACAGCAGUGCAGUGUUGUUGCGAAUGUGUUUGGGAGUCGACGGAUGUUGUAUUACAGCGGUACGUUGCGGGCGCCUUGAGCCGCCCGAGUGUGCCUGGCGACGAAUAUCGCGAGGCCUGUUAUUUCUCUACCUCACCCCUGACGGUUCGUAAAGACCUUGCGAGUUGUCCUCACUGCCAAGGCCGUCACCUCAUCGCAGCCGUCAUACCGCAGCGUUCACCGCAUCAUUCGCUGUUCUUCCCACCACCAGAACAGAUUACGUCCAGAGCGGUCGGCUUACGCCAGAGCCCACAAAUGUACCACGAUCACUAUGGCGCAGAUACACGAGACAUGAGAUAAACGAGACCGUAAAUCAAGUUGGGAUUUUAACUCUCCCACAUGAUUCAUCUUUCCUUAGAGCGAAUCUACCAAAGGUCGCCUCUUCCCACUUACUUAUCAAGCCCAUUGGGCGGGGUUAAUCGGCCCCCAUACCCUCCACGCUCUGGCGUGUUCCAGCUUCCACCAAUGAACCCAUAUUUCAUCGCAGGCCACGAUACUUUUCAGAAAGUUGUGGCCUUCCCGCCAGGAAGCAGCCAAAUAAAGGGGCUGCUCGGUAAGGCGCUGGCUGACGUUCGCCGUCUGCUUUGCGUGUUGCUGAGAGACAUGGCCCUGAAGACGCGCCCGUGGUACCUGCUCGUCGCUGCUAGCGCACUGGUGAUGCUGCUCUGCGUGAUGCAGCGGAGCAGCCACGAGCCGGUGCUGAUGCCGCUGCCCAUCAGCUCGGCGCCGCGCGACGGACCCAUUAUCCCCUACCACGACUCAUUCGAGUACCUGCUCAACAAUGACGUGUGCGGCGCCGGCGCCGUCGACGCCGUGGUGGUGGUGCACUCGGACACGCGACACCCGGAGGUUCGCAACGCCAUUCGCGACUCACUGCCAGAAGCGCUGCUGCGACGGCUCGGCGUUCGCCGCGCCUUCAUGCUGGCGGACGCCUCGCAGAAGCUGAAGGAGUCGGAGACAGUCAUCUCCCAGAGCACCGUUGCCGAGGAGAAUGCCAAGUACAAGGACGUGGUGCAAGGAAACUUCCACGACUCCUACCACAACCUUACCUACAAGCACAUCAUGGCGCUGGAUUGGGCCGGCACGUUCUGCCCUCAAGCGAGGUAUAUCAUCAAGAUGGACGACGAUAUUGUAUACAACAUCUUCGAGCUGCUUAAAAUGCUCCACUUCAUCCCGGACACCGGCUACAUCGGUGGCAACAUCUUCCACGAAGCCGCUCCUUUUCGCAAAAGGUCCAAGUGGAUUGUGUCGCAGGAGGAGUGGCCGCGGGACGUGUACCCUCCAUACCUGUCAGGCUGGCUGUACGUGGUGACCCCAGACGUGGCGCGCGCUCUGGUGAUGCAGUCCACGGUGAUACCUUUCUUCUGGAUCGACGACACCUACGUCACGGGCAUUCUGGCUGAGCAGCUGCCUAUCACUGUCAGGGACCUGAAAAAGAUGUACGUCACGUUGAGUAAGUGCAUCGAGUUGACGGUGCAACAGACCUUUAGCUUGGAGAAGCAGAGCCCCAAGCCCGUCUUCAAGCCCAGCUUCGUGGUCGGUCCCACCGACAGGAACUUGACCGCCCUGCGAGACUUCAACAAGCUGACACGCUACUGCCACAUCUAUCAUUGCGACGUGAGGGCCCGGCUGCCGAACUGCAAAAACACGUUGUGAUCGGCGGCUAGGGACGGUAACAGGUCGUGUCAGAGGUCGUGUCGGGCCGUGCCGGACAUGUGUCGGACCGAUGUCAAGCCGUGGUGGACCGAUGUCGAGCCGUGUCAGAUCGGUGUCGGACAUUUGCGAACCGAUGUCGGGCCGUGUUGGACCGUGUCGGUUUGUGUCAAUUUGUGUCGGACCAAUGUCAGGCCGUGUCAUUGUGUCGGACCGUGUCGAAUUGUGUCGGACCGAUGUCGGACCGCACCAGACCUGUCAGACGUGUCAGCGGCGCGCGGCAGCAGCUGCUGAUGAUCUGAUCAGCUGCAGCAGCGUCAGCAGCCGCCGCUGAUGAUCUGCCGUGGCGCCUCCGGCUUGCUGGCCGCGCGCGCGAGGGCCGUCGCGUCGCACUGGGGUCUCCCGCAGAGGGGCGGACGGGUGCGCGGUGGACGCACCGCGCGAGCCUCGCCCGCAGCCGGUGAUUGUCGGAGAAAGGUCACGGCCACGGCGACUGUGCUGCUACCUGGCUGUGUAACAGCGCAUUCGAUCUCAGACGCGUCUUGCGCUUGUGGCGCAGCCACAGCGGCGGCCGGUGUGGAGCGAGUGAGUGGGCGAUCGACCGACGUGACUAAAGCUGAUGGACCUCGCCGCGUCACAAUGUAUCAUGUUUGUACUUUUCGGCGUGCGCUCCUCUAGUGGUUAGUGCUGGAAAGCAUUUUUGCGUAUUUGGAAUAUAGCAGGGCGCUGUCAGGGGGAGGGGGUAAAUGCCUUAACCGCAUGGCAAUCGUCACAAUAUUUAUUUGUACUUACAGAGCGGCAAUGUGCGCACAAAUGAUGUAUGAGCCGUGAUAUAUGCCGGUUGUUUGUUGACACUUAUUUGCGUAAUCGCCGCGGGUAAGUUACGUUCCUAUCGUUUUAUGCACAGCGAGCCUCUCCAGUGAUUUGAUAGCGAUUUUAUGGACGCAUUUAGACCAAACGGCGGCUGCCGGACGGGCGCUAGGCCGGCCGAUUUAUACGUGAUGCGGCUCUCAGCCCAGCUGGGUAAGACUUUUGGAAGUGUUUCGAUGUUAUUUUGGUGUGCCAAUGUGGUUAAACGUCGUCGGUACUGGUGCGGCUUAAGGUGGACGGGUGCUAAUUUUUUAGCUUGUCCGGUUGCGACUACGCGUGGUUGUGACAAUGGCGUGGUGACUUAAGCGAUGGCGUGGUGACUUGUGGCGUGGUGACUUAAGCGCUCCCCUGCAUCGCAUGCCUAGUAGUUUUCCAAUGCCAGACAAUGAUUGCGUGUUGUGGCUCCAGAACCGGUGUGAUGCUGCGCUUGGGCAGCCAAGUAGCAGCCCAUCGUUUGGUUGGUGCGAGACGUUGUCCUAUCUGGACUCGACGGACGGUCUGUUUUGUCUGGACCUGAUCGACAGUCUGUUCUAUGUGGACCUGAUCGACAGUCCGUUCUGUCUGGACCUGAUCGACAGUCUGUCCUGUCCGAACCUGGUCGACAGUCUGUUCUGUCUGGACCUGAUGGACAGUCUAUUAUAUCUGGACCUGAUCGACAGUCUUAUCUGUCUGGACCUGACCGACAGUCUGUUCUGUCCGAACCCGAUCAACAUCCUGUUCUGUCUGGACCUCCUCGACAGUCUAUUCUUUUCGGAUCUGACAGACGGUCUGUUCUGUCUGGACCUGACCGACAGUCUGCUCUGUCCGAACCUGAUCGACAGUCUGUUCUGUCUGGACCUGAUCAACGGUUUGUUUUGUCUGGUGUUUCCACCUCUCACGCUGUGUCUCACCUGGCUUUUGCUCACCAUUCCUGCCCGCAAGUUCUUCUUACCAUUGUCAGGACCCCGAUCCCUCUCCUGGCCUCGUUUUUACCAAUCCUAGUCUCGAUGUCGUUAACUAGACGUUACCAGUGUGACCAUACUCACACUAUGUCGGCAGGAAUCAAUGUGACGGCCCACAAGGGCUGCCUGACCAUCGGGAGCACAAUCUGAACGCACGGAUGUACCUUGCGUAUUGGUUUUCCGGGCCCUAGAGACUGGGCCUUGCUUCGCUCUAUCAAUAUGACUGGUUGUCUCGGGCAUCGCCCGAACCGGAGAGGCGCGCAACUCGAUAAAUGGCGCGUAUACUUGAUAAAAGCCGUCCAGGCUCACGAUGGUGACCUGACUCGGCCGGCAGCGGCCACCGUCCGACUGCUGCAGUGUCAGGUGCUGCUGCAGCUGCAGCUGCAGUGUUACCACGCGUCAGUGUCCAAUGUAGCGCAGGGGCAGCGCCCACCGCACUGGCAGCAGUAUAGCGUUCUGUCGCACUGGUCACGGGUCAGGCCAGCUUUGUGUGAUGCGCCAAGCACGUACAGAAUUGAACCUGUGUCAGGCAGUGCAAACCCACUGGGUUCAGGUCGAGUUCGGCGGCGUCCAUCAGGAUGUAGCCCGCUGGGAGUUCUGCUCGUGAUGUGGUUGCGUACUCUCAGGUGGUGGUGUCAUUGACGAACGUGGAAGUUUUAAUGGUGUGGGUUUAAAUACAAGACCGAGGA